GACAUUAAAACACACGUCAUUCCGACAACUAAACAAAUAAUCAACUUCCAAACUUCUCUCAUCUUCCUCAACCGCGAAAAUGAGCCAAAGAAAAAAACACGCCCCAGGUCUAACACCUCAAGAACGUGCAGCACGCGCUGCCAAAGCUCGCAGAAGAUUCAAAGCCGUUGUAAGGCUGGUCCUAACAAACAUAUUCUGGUUGGGGGACCUAGACGACACCUUAGGCGAGAAUGUAAUGCUCAACAUCCAAAAAUUAACGAGAAAAAAGGUGAAAAAGAGCACGCUGACAACGCAGGAGAAGAUUAUUCUGAGCAAACCGAAAGAAGAACGAACUGAAGAAGAUAAGCAUUUGCUUAACAGGGCUAUUGGAGGUUUGAAGUGCUUUCGAAGAUAUCCUCCUAACGUUAAGAGUCAAUUGGCUGCUGUGACAUAUUUUGUGUAUAUUGGGCCUGAUAGAGUGAUUGUGAAGCAAGAUCACGUACCAAAAGCUAUGUAUUUCUUACUGUCUGGUGAAGGAGCUGUUACAGUGAAAACUUACGAUAAAAUGCUGAAGGAAUGGUCGGUUGAAGACCACGGAACGGUGGGUCCAGGCACGAUGUUUGGUGAAGUAGCGUUGAUCCACGGCAUUGCCAGAACUGCCACAAUCACCACCACGUUACCUUGCGAACUUUUGAUGAUCAAAAAGGAGGAUUUCGAUAUCGUUUUGAAGGAUACCGUAUGGAAGGCUUGGGAGCAGAUAGCGAAGAUCAUGAAUAGGUACUCAUAUUUCAAAGAUUGGGACGCCGUAACAAAGCGGGAAUGCAGCAUCAUAUCCAGAACCAAAUCCUUCAUUCCGGAUGAAGUAAUUCUAGGUGAUGAUAUAGGACUACCCAACUAUGCCUACUUGAUAACCAAGGGAACCUGUAGCCUCAUUGAACAUUUACAGAUGACAUCAAGGAUGGUGAACGGUACGAAAAAGUACAAACUGCACAACUCACAAUCCGAAGAGGAGGAUAACGAAAUCAAGAGCAGCAACAAGCGGAUGUCGAUGUUCAAGCUCCAGAGGACGCUGUCGAAAAAGAGCAGCAUGCGAAUGAGCAUGAAAUCGGGCUCGUCAAAAUUGAGCAGGCAGUUCCUAAUUCCAAAGGUCGAAACACAUUUUAUCAAAGUGUGCGAGUUCUACGAAGGCGCCAUCUUCAACGUGGGCGAGAACUUUGGGCGGAGAAGAGUGGUAUCGGAUACUAGCACCAACUGCCUGCUCAUUCCAAGAUACUGGCUGGGCAAAACCAACAAAGGGAACGUGUGGAACAGGGUCCAGCAGUUCCUGAACAACAACAUACCGUCCACGAGGAUGAUUUUUAAAGGCUGGGUAAAAGAGAAGAACUUCAAGGACUACAAGAAGAAAAUGAUAAAGGAUUUACUGGCUCAGAAAAAGGUGUCCAACAUGAACUCGAUACAUAACGUGCCCUAUAGUAUUAGGUUGAAAGAUAAGGGAUGUUAUGAAUAGAAAACAAUAAAUAAAUCA